UUAACAUGGUUAGCGCUACAGUGUCGUUGACUGUGAGAGACCAGGCCGGAAGUGACGUCGCCCGGCAUAGGAAGUAAGCGUGACAGCAAGUCUCGACGUUUACUUGUGUAGCGGAGGGAGUGUUGUGCGGUGACAGGCAUGGGCUCUAACGACGGCUUGGUUGUCACCAUCACACAUGGAAGUGAAAAGCACAAACUGCAAGUUGUUGCCAAGGAAGAGCAUGAUGAGCCCACUCUUCAGGACAUGGCGUUAAGUGUGGAGAAAAUCACUGGGGUACCCCUUGCCUCACAGAAACUCAUAUACAAAGGGAAAUCACUUAAGGAAAUGGAACAGACCCUUUCAUCGCUGGGUAUCAAGAAUGGCUGUAAAGUAAUGCUAAUUGGAAAGAAGAACUGUCCAGAGGAGGAAUCUGAAUUAAAGAAACUAAAGGAUUUGGAAAAAUCUGUUGAACAAAUAGCAAGCAAACUAGAAGAUGUUAACAAGGAGCUAUCGGGCAUCCAGAAGGGUUUUCUCAAUAAAAGUCUGCAAGUUGAAGCACUUGGCAAGCUUGAAAAAAGGAUAAAGACAACUGUGGAGCAAUUCAUGAAAAUCCUGGAACAGAUAGAUUCCAUGUCUAUGCCAGAACAUUUCAGUGACUGUAGGAUGAAAAGAAAAGGACUGGUGAAAAAGGUUCAGGGUCUUCUUGCUCAAUGUGACACAGUAGAAGGAAAUAUCAGCCAAGAGAUGGACAAACUGCAGUGCAAGAAUUUGGCUCUGUCUAAGUAGAGGUUGUGAUGAAAAUGUGUAACUAUAGUAGAAAAGUUGCUCUAUGAGCAAUUAUUGUGAAAAAGAUUUGCUCUUUACAUUGGAGCAUAUACUUACUUUGCAUUACUUUAUAGUUGCUCUUAGUAACAUUACUAUAUUUUGCCUGGGUGAGACUUGCAACUUUUUGUUUAAGACAACACAAUAAGUAAAGUACCAUUACAAACCAGAAGCAUAAA